AUGAUGAAACAACAUCACAGCGGAAGGGUCAUGCAACUAGUGUUGUUGUUGGUUUUGAGUGUUUUUUCUUUUACACAUGGACAACUGACACCUGUCGCUCCAUCCUACAACAUUACAAACAUUGGAGGUGGAUUUGGUGCUGGAGAUGGUUAUUCACCACUCUUAGCCAGUAUGGGAUUAAUUUCUGGAUUGUCUUUUAUUUCACAAAAUCUCUACGUGACAGAUGGCAGUAUGAACCUCGUAAGAAAAAUUGACAUGUCCAAUCCACAAAAUCCACUGAUUCAAACCAUAGCAGGUGUGUUGAAUGGUAAAGGAUAUAAUGGAGAUAAUCUAUUGGCAACAUUGGCCACACUCUCUUCACCUUCUUCGAUUGCUUUUAACGCAUUGACAAGUGACAUUUAUGUGUGUGAGCAAGGCAGUCAUCGAAUUAGAAAGAUUGAUUCACAAGGUUUGAUUUCUACCAUUGCAGGUACUGGACAAGCUGGUUUCAAUGGUGAUAAUAUUGUAGCUAACACUUCCAUGUUAAAUUCUCCUUCGAGUAUUGCAAUUUCCAUAAAUGGAGAUUUAUUUGUGUCAGACACGAAUAAUCAUAGAAUUAGAAAAAUUUCUCUCUCGACCAUGAUCAUCACUACAAUUUGUGGAAAUGGAAUUGACAAGUAUUCAGGCGAUGACGGUCCAGCAAACUUGGCAACCUUAAAUGGACCAACCUCAAUUUCCUUUUCGAGUAAUAACGAAUUGUUGAUUGCAGACACUUUGAAUAUGAGAAUUAGAAAGAUUGCACAAAAUGGAAUGAUUUAUACAGUGGCUGGAAAUGGUACCCAAGGAUACGACGGCGAUGGUAAUUUAGCAACUGCAUGUACUUUAAACACUCCCAAGGGUUUGGCGCUCACUUUACAAAAUGACAUUUUGAUUUCUGACACUUUGAAUCAUGUCAUUAGAAAGGUCACUGUGGCUACUGGUGUCAUUGAUACCAUUGUUGGUAGUGGAGUUGCAGGUUUUUCAGGUGAUGGCUCUCUCCCACGAACUUGUCAAUUAAAUUCACCCAUGGGACUUGCAUUUUCUCCAAAUUCGGAAAAUUCAGAAUUAUACAUUGCUGAUCAAUCCAAUCGAAGAGUUAGAAAAGUAUCCUUCUCGACCAAUACCAUUACAACCAUUGCAGGAAGAGGUCAAGAAGAGUUAUUCAAUGGAGAUUCUGUUCCAGCUGACAUGACAAAUUUGGCAAGUCCUUUAGGUGUCAGCUUGUCAUUGGAUGAACAAGUCAUUGUGAGCGAUUAUGGAUAUCAAAGAAUUCGAAGUGUGAAUGUCAAGAAUGGUCGAAUGAUUGACACCAUGGCAGGAUCUGGCACUCCUGGUUUCAGUGGAGACAAUGGUUCUGCAAAAAGUGCAUCUUUCAAUUAUCCUUCAGGAAUUUUUAUGAAAUCGAACGGAGAUCUUUUGAUUUCUGACACUUUCAAUCAUCGUAUUCGAAAAAUCGAUGCGAGCAACGGAGUGAUUACAACAAUUGCUGGAACUGAUUCUACGUUUGGAGAAGGCGAUACAAAUUCUCAAAAUUCCAUGUUGAACUAUCCAAAUGGCAUUGCAGUUUCAACUCUAACAAGAGAGGUCUAUAUUAGCGAUACAAGACAUCAUCGAAUUCGUAAAAUUGAUGCAAAUGGACGAAUUUCGACUGUGGUAGGAACCGGUGUGGCAGGUGACAGCGGUGCCGAUGGAGUAACAUCAGGUACUUUGGCUCAAAUUAACGCUCCAAGAGGAAUUGCCAUUUCUGAAGCUACGAAUGAAAUUUAUUUUGCAGAUUCUCUCAAUAACAAGAUUAAGAAAAUUAAUGGAAAUUCUGGAACUGUAAUCACUGUGGCUGGAAAUGGACAAUUUAAUUUCUCAGGUGACGGUGGAUUAGCCCUCGACGCUUCAUUGGGAACUCCUACUGAUGUUGCUCUAAGUCUUGCAACCAAUGAGCUGUUCAUUGCAGAUUCGAAAAAUAUUAGAAUUCGCAAACUUUCUUUAGCCACAGGCAUCAUCACUACCAUUUCUGGAAAUGGAACUUUUGCCAUCGAUCCUGCCAGUGGAGAUUUUGGAAAUGCUCAAAAUGCUCUCUUCCGAGAACCCACCAGUAUUUCCCUCACUUCUAGCGGAAAUGAACUCUACAUUGCAGAUCCCUAUAGUUCCAGAAUUAGAAAAAUUGAUUUCAUUUCGGGAAUCAUUACAACCGUUGCAGGAGGAGGUUCUUCAAGAGAAGAAAACAGUGCAGCCAUUGAUUGGCAAUUAACAUCUCCAGUGAGUGUCCAUGUUUCUCCAGAUAAUUCUGCAGUGUAUAUUGUCGAUCAAUGUAGUGUUAAGAAAGUUCUCGUAUCGACUGGAAAUUUAACAACAAUUGCUGGUUUGAAUGCUCAAUAUAGAUCUUGUGGUUAUGAUGGAGAGGGAUUGGCAACGAGUAGAAAAGUGAAUCGACCAAUGGAUGUUGCAUUGUAUACUCCCUCAAAUGGUGAACAUCAAUUGUAUAUUGCAGAUGCCAAUAAUAAUAGAGUAAGAAAGGUUUCUUUGACAAGUGGCAUGAUGACAACUGUCGUGGGUGGAGUUGGAGAUGGAGGUCUCGCUGUGAAUGCUCGUCUCUUCUUCCCAAGAAGUGUCUUUUCAUCAAGCAUGGAUGGUUCCAUCUAUAUUGCCGAUUCAGGAAAUAAUCGAAUUAGAAAAAUUAAUGAAUCUACUGGAAUUAUCGAAACCAUUGCAGGAAUUGGAACUGCAGGAUACAAUGGAGAUUUUUCAGACGCUACAAGUGCCAUGUUGAACGCACCUAAUGGUGUAGUCGUUUCCAAAUUGGGUGAAGUCUAUAUUGCAGAUUCUCAAAAUCAUCGAAUCAGAAAAAUUUUCACAAACGGAACCAUUAUUACCAUUGCUGGUACAGGCACUGCAGGAUACAAUGGCGAUCAAAUUCGAGCCAUAGAUAGUCAAUUGAAUUAUCCAACUUCAUUAUUAUUAUCCAAAACAGAAAAAUAUUUAUGGAUUGCUGACACGAAUAAUCACAGAAUUCGAAGAAUUUCAUUACAAAAUGGAAUCAUGACAACUGUGGCAGGAAAUGGAAUUGGAGGUUUUGUACCCAAUACUGCUCAACAAGAACUCGUUGGAGUGGAUGCUACUACGACCUUAUUGAACGGACCUCAUUCGUUGACCUUUACCAAAAAUGGUGAAAUUUACUUUGUGGAUUCCCAAAAUGGAAGAUUACGAUUACUUUCUCCUUCGUGUGGCUAUGGCUUCUCUUGGAACAGCGCAACCGAUGAAUGCCAUCCAUGUCCACUCGGAUACACUGGUUACUCCUCCAAAUGCAACGUCCCAAUUUGUUUUGGAAUUUCCAACGAUUCCUCUCUCGUUUGCAAUUCCAGAAGUGGAAACUGUCUCGCUCCUGACAGGUGUCAAUGCAUGAAUGGUUUCUACGGUCUCGAUUGUACCAUUCCAUUUUGUGCCACGAAUUUAUUUAACAGCAGUUCGACCACGAGUUCACAAAAUUAUUGUCCACAAGAUGGAUCCUCCAGUAAUUCUCAACAACAAACUCAAACGAAAAGUGAAAUUAUUCCAACGUUGCAAGAUCUUGGCGCUAAAUUUAUCAACUUUACAAAAGAUGAAAGUGUGAAGGCGCAACUUCCUGAGAGUAUUUCACAACAUUUGAUUGAGAAGGGAUUGAAUGCGAGUGAGAAGGUAACUUUAUUGUCGUCGAUUUAUCAACCAGUGGCAUCGGUGGAGAGUCGUUCGGAUGUGGAGGCGCCACUUGUCAGCUCCGUGUUGACCAUUUCCUUAUUUGAUAAGAAGGGUGCAAAAAUUUCCAUUUCCGAGUUGAAAGAUCCUAUUGAAUUAUCCUUCUCGAAUAUUGUGGUUGAAAGUACGAAUAAUAAGGAUUUCAAUUAUUCAUGCAUGUAUUUUGAUGAAAUUAAGAAAGAUUGGUCUUUGGAUGGUCUCCUGUCAGAAGUCUCCAAUUUAGAAAUUUCAACCAAGACUGUGAAAUUCAACAUCAAAUGCAAGACGUACCACUUGACAUCGUUUGGAAUUAUCGAUCAGAAUUUUAAGAGAGCUACAAAACCCACUCAAUCUUCCAACGGAAAUGUAGAUAACAGUUCGACCAUUUUGGCCAUUGUAUUAUCGGCUGUGGGAUCUUUAUUGGUCUUGUCUGUGAUUGUAUUGAUUGUGGUCGUUGUGAUUGCAUUGUACGUACGAGCUGCAAAGAAGAGACAAGCAGAAAAGAUUUAA